UUUAUGAUAAGUAUUUGUUAGAAUACAAACUACCCAUCUUCUAAAAUAUUUUGUCUAUGCAAAAGUGAGUUGAUACAGUAUGAUCACUUUGUGUCAUUUGUUUCCAUCUUUUUAUUUACACUGCUGUCCAGUUAAUGUGAGCAAUAUUUGAGUCUGCAUGUUGGUUGUAUCAUGCAGACUGGCCUCAGCUUCAGACUUGGUGACUUGAAGCACAGACAAAUGUCAGUCUGAGAGAAUCUGGUAUUUUUAUAACUUCAUUUACCCUGAUGUGUACUGUAUGUAUGACCCCAUACUGGACCAGCACCUGGUGUUUGGAGAUUCCUGAUUUAUACUAUACAGUACUCAAUUUACCCUGUUCCAUUAAACCUCUCACCCUGUUUUUUAUGUGCUGAUUGUCAGAAGGCCAUUCACUAUAGUGAGUCAUUUCUGUGAUGUAACAAAACUGCGUUUCAAGCAAGAAUUUCUGUUUCCAAAUACCAUAUUUGUUAAGCUAUUUUUUUUAACCAAUGUCUACCUGUGUUUCCAUAGCAAUGCUGGUCCUGUGGACUUCAUGCAAAAUAGAUUCCUGGCAUUGAUGCCACUCUGCAAAAAUACACAGAAGUGUUUGAACUUUGUCUUUGUCAUCAGACUAUUGUUGAAAAGCUUCAUGUGGCUCAGAGUCUGCUGUUUACAGACCCGAGUCAGGUUAAAAAUAGUUUGUCCUACUUGGUUAAAUUGCCGACCAAAUUAUAAAGCUCAGUUCUUGGAUCAGUUGAAGGUCGGGCCCUGUAAGCUCCACCCGUCGAGUUUCCCUACUCUCUCAUUCCCCAUCCCUGCAGCAGGCCUCUGUUUAAAAAGUCUUUUAUGUAACUAUUAAUUUUUGUUGCCACCCAAACACAGACUGACUUUGACUGAUCUAAUAUAUAUCUUUAUAUUUAUAUACAGUUUUCAGUAGGCAGCGAAUUGUUCCACCAUAAUUGUUUUUAUAAUUAUUUUUAAUUUUAAUCUUCACAGGAAUCAAUUUACAUAUGAGAAUUUAAAUAAAAAAAAAAAAAGAUCAAAUAAACUCCCCCCCUUUUCAGGAUGUGAAACAUUUUAAUGCAGUUGGUAAAAGCCAUAAAGAAAGAGUUUUAAUGCAUCACAAAGAAGUUUAUAUAUAUGUAUAUAUACAAUAUAUAGUUAUCCAUAUAUAUAUAUAGUUAUUGUAUAGUAUAUUUAAAAGAAGUCAAAAUGGGAUGUUUACAAAACUGCGUACUCUAGGUAUAACUGCCUCUUGUAUGGAUUAACCAAUUCAAGAGCGGGUGAAACGGACUCAGAAUUUGGAGUGUUUGUACAAGGACACAUGGUCCUUGAUUUACGACGUCCUCAAUCUACGGCGUUUCGUGGUUACGUGUUAUUCGUAAGAUGUUUUUAUGUCCUAGAUUAUGAUGUCACCACUGUGUUAGUGUAGGUGAGUGACAUAGGUACUGAUGGACAGUGUGUGAGCAAACGGCAAAUACCGAGUUACAUUGGACCAUAGAAAUGAAAUGGACCUCUGUAGUCUCUAAUCAGAAAAUAAUGUAAAUAAAAUGUGAAGCUGGUGCUGAGGAAUUUUUGUUCAUUUGCUAUUUGUUGCAAAAAAGUUCUUUAAAAAAAAUAUUUGAAUAGAUUUGAUCUUUUUUACUAGUGAAAAGGGAGAGCAGUGGACACUAGCAAAGUACCUGGAAAUGCAUUCUGCCUUAGUACAUAAGGACAAUAUUAAUGUUGAAAGUAAGGUAAACUAAGACCUCCAGCAGCCUUUGCCUUAGUUAAUUUUUUUUAAAUGUAACGUGCCUUAUCGUACACAAAGAGUCAAAUGUAAAAAAUUGAAAAAAAAAAAAGCAAAACAAGGUUCCUAAAAAGACGUACAUUUCCUUUAAAUCCCUGAGACUAGUUGCAUUUGUUAGGUCACGGUACUGACAUUUACACUAUAAUGAUUUUUUUUCAGGCACCAGGGGAAAUAGCGCCACGGUCACCGUUGUGGCAGCAGCAGACUUUGCAGGCAGCUGCUCUGGGUCACAGCGGCUUCAGAUGCGCAGCAGCGCCUCGACGCAGUGGAGGACGCGACGCCGCUGCUGCUGUUCGUGACCAAUCACAGUCGGGACAAGAAGACAACAUGUAUCUGAGGACAUACCUGUUUCAUUUAACGUAAAAAAAAAAAAAAAAAAAACACGGUUGCAGGUUUUCGGGAGGGUUGACUGGCUGUCGUGAUCCUGCGCCGGGAUGAAUGCUCCUGGCUGGGCUUUAAUUCCAGAAGAGCGCAAAGGAGGACGAGCAGGAGGAGAAGACGUCGGUCAUGAUCUUCGUUGAGCAGUAACAUCUUCAUGUCCUGACUCGACACGGAAUAAACACUACUGAUACGGAUUGUUGUGUAGCCCGAGCAGAUCUGCGCUGCCUUCUCCGGGGAGAACCUGGCUCUGUCCGAUGUAGGGGACAACGAUGCUAAUCAGCUUCUGACUUGCUAGAAAUGCAACUGUUGACCUCAAACAAAAGACAGUGCGUUGCUGUAAGUACAAGGUGAGGGUGUGGCUGGGAGUCUGAGCUGUGAGGUCCUCUGAGUGUCAGCCACAUGGAGGUCAAAGGACACCUGAUCACGUCCAUGGGUCUCGGAGCUCCUGCUGUACAGGGCAGCCAGGCCAACAAGCUGCAGGCCGAGAGGAUUGUGGCUCUGCAGGAGAGGAAACAAGCCCUGGAGGCUCUCCUCAACUCCAGAGUGGGAGAGCUCAGAGAUGUCUGUCUGCAGGAGGCGGAGCUGACUGGAAAACUGCCACAUGCUUUCCCCCUAGAGAGGGGAGAGAAACCACCAGUGGUGCGCCGCAGAGUUGGCUUUGGUUCCUGCACCACAGCUGAGGAUGACGCUGCUCAAAAAAAGCAGAUAAAGGCCAUCUUCACUGGUUCUCUGUACAAACUCUCUGAAUCGGACCGAAAUGUCCCAAACAACAAGAGGACGGUUCAUAGAGGGUGUCACACAGAGGACACUGUCAUGUCAGAAAGUACAAGCUCCACAUCAGAUUCAACAUCCCAUGGUAAUGAGUCAUCUCCCAGCGUGGGCACUGACCAGCACUCUGUGUCUCAGCCGCGACUGACCGUAGGCAGCCCUGACCACAGAAUCAGCAGAAAACUGUCUCCUGUAGAGAUUUACUACGAGAUGAGGACACGCCGGAACUCUGCCACAAGUUCUGUUAGUCCAACCCACUCUUUGCCCAGAAGUGCAUCCAAUGUUGAAGGUCGAAGUGUCCCAGCAACACCACUGUUGGCCAGAACAGCUCCGAUCAGUGUUCAUGUCAGGUCCAAUGCGUCAGGUGGUAAUGGGUUGAAGCAGUGGUCUGGCAGCCUGGACGUUCCUUACAUGAUUCCGCUGGCUCAGGAGGGCUCUCCGUUCAGUUCUCGGGCGAGGCGCAGUAACAGCUCGGAGGCCCUGUUGGACAGAUCCAACAUUUCUGAUGACUCAGCACCCAGAAAUGGUUUGCCACCCAAAGGAGGGCCGUACAAAAGCUCGGAGACGUUAACCGAUGGCAAGUUGCAACACAUUCAUCUUGGCAGCCCCAAGGGUCAUGUGGACAGUUUUAUGGAGCAAGUCAAAAUGAGUCUGUCCAGUGGCAGAGGGGCAGGGGGGGGCUACAAUGACCUCUUAAUGGAUUAUAUCUGGGGGAAGCAGCAAAAGAUGCAAAUGCAGCAACACCUGUACCAGUCUACAGGCCGGAUCUGGCAGGACAUGUCCUCACCUCGCUCCUCCACAGCUGUGGCGCCUCCUCAUGCAAAUGGAUUCUCUCAUUCCCAGGUGCACAUCCCCAGUGCUGCGGCUCCUUAUAGUCCUGUAGUUCCGAGAGGGUCUCAGGGGGAGCUGCGCAGAGUGACCAGAACCAAAUCUUGCGGCCCUUUUAUUCCACUGCAGGAUGCAGUCCUGUUGUCAGCGUAUGAGUCUCAGCUCCCUGCGUCUAGCGUUACUACUUCUUCCAUCCCCAACUUGCACCCUUACCAGACUGAGCUGUCUGGAAACUCCUUUAGCCGAAGACCCCCACAGUUCUCUUUACCUACUCCAGAGGACUCGACCAGAAGCCUGCAUAAAUCCCUGGCCCUGGAAGGACUGAGAGACUGGUAUCUGAGGAAUGCUCUUGGCUAUUCACCUGCUGCAUCCAAGGGCCACGAGGCUGGGAUUUCACGCCUCUCGCACCCCCACCCACUGGUGCAUCAGCCCCAGUCUGUUCAGGGUGAAGCAGGCAACACCAACGGACCUCAGAUACCGCAGUCAGCCAGCUUCCACGGUCUACCACUGCACGGAAGGUCAAUGGAGUUCUCUCUGUAUCAGGAGACUUCACGUCCACAAAUGCAAGAGGCGACCACAAAAGAGCCAAGUGCCGACUCAGGCACCCUUGUCUGAUGCAGCAAAACGCACAUUGACACACACACACAUAUACACACAGAGAGACAUGAGACAUGAGAGAGAGAGGGAGAAAGAUACAAUGUGACCUCAACUGCAAAACAAAACAAG